AUGACUAUCGGAUCUAUUCAAAUAUUCAAAAAAUUAAAUAUAACCAUUCCAGUUAUUGGAGCCACAAAUGCUGACGAUUCAUUGAGCUCUAUAGUAAACUUUCCUACUUAUACAAGAGUCCAAAUGACUUAUUCUUAUGUCUGCCCAAAAUUUUUAGUCGUGAUCAAGGGAUUUGGAUGAACAUCAGCUGCUGUUUGGAGCAUCUUUUUUUGCAAAAUAAUUUUUUAA